GAGAAGGGGGGUACAGGAUUGGCGUUUAGGAAAGGGAGAAGCGGCGAUGUUUCUCACUUUCACUUUGUUCUGUUUUUCUUUAUUUCUAUCACAAAAUCUCAUCUCAAUAUAUAAAUGUAUGCGAAGAACGUCUGUCUCUGUAGUAUUAUUUUUCUUCGCUUCCCAACUGUCACUCCGGAUUCAACUCGCUUGCAUAGAAGUUAGACAAAGCAAGAAGCCCCUUUGAUGCUUGAGCCUUCAUUUCAGUUUCGAAAACAUUUCUCUGUUGAUUCUUCCAAUUCAAUUUUUCUUCUUCUUCUUUUCUGAUCAUCUGGGUACUCUUGAUCUUCAUCACUAUAGUUUCCUCAUUCACUUCUUAGAUCUCCCUCCUAUUUGUUCGAAUACUCUACCCGUUCCUCCUUGAUUCUGCUUCCCGGGAGUGUUUAAUAGAAGGGAAGGGUGGAUUUAACAGAAUAAGAAAGAGAAGAAGGGGUUAAUUGAAUUUGGGUUUUAACGAGAUUGUUGUGGGAAAUCAUGUUGACCUUAGGGGUGUGGUUAUGAAGUAAUAUGGAAUUGAUCAUUACCCGCUUAAAACAAGUAAAUAAGGGAGGAGAAAAACAACAACAUGUCGCUUUACAUUGGUCGGGAGGCGUCAAAGCUAUGGAAGAGAUUUUGCUCCGAGGCAACCACGGAGAUCAACCUUCUUGCGGAGAAUUGGAAAUACCUUCUUGCUGGUCUUGUCUUUCAGUAUGUACAUGGGCUGGCUGCUCGAGGUGUUCAUUAUUUUCAUAGGCCUGGCCCCAUUCUUCAGGAUGUUGGGUUCUAUCUUCUUCCGGAGCUUGGACAAGAAAAAGCUUACAUGAGCGAAACCCUGUUUACCUUUAUCUUCUUAUCUUUUUUUCUGUGGACCUUUCAUCCUUUGAUUUUGAAGAGCAAAAAGAUCUCCACAGUUCUAAUAUGGUGCAGGGUUCUAGCAUUCUUAAUUGCUUGCCAAUGCCUUCGUAUCAUCACAUUUUAUUCUACACAGCUUCCUGGUCCAAACUACCAUUGCCGCCAGGGCUCAAAACAUGCUACACUGCCUCGUCCGGAUAGUGUUCUUGAAGUCCUCUUGAUUAAUUUUCCUCAUGGUGUGCUGUAUGGAUGUGGUGAUUUGAUAUUUUCAUCACACAUGAUCUUUAGUUUAGUCUUCGUACUUACAUAUCAGAAAUAUGGCACACGAAGGGUCAUCAAGCAAUUAGCAUGGCUUCUUGCUGUUAUUCAGAGCCUUUUGAUAAUAGCAUCUCGCAAACAUUACACAGUUGAUAUAGUUGUUGCCUGGUAUACUGUUAACAUGGUGGUCUUUUUUAUUGACAAAAAAUUACCAGAAAUGCCCGACCGUUCCAUUGCAUCAGCCACCAUGCUGCUACCGUUGAGCACUAAAGACAAGGACGGCAGAAUCAAAGAAGAGUCUCACAAGCUCUUAAAUGGGAAUUCUGGAGACCCUACAGAUAGGAGGCAGAGAACUCAGGUAAAUGGCAAGAUUCUGGAAGAUGGCAAUACAUUUCAAGCUGACUUUGCAACGAAUGGCUCACAAAUAUAGGAGCUUCUGCUACACAAAUGAGAUGAAGGACUCAACCUUCAAUUAGAAGAUUCAGUUACCUGAUCAACCACAUAAUUUAUAAGUAACAACCUAAUUUGUAUUCAAGGGAAUUGUGACUGGAUUAUUGUGUCAUUUGAGUUCAUGUAAAUAUCUUCAACUGUUCUCUGUCGUAGUUGCAUUAUCUUUAGUAUAAUAAAUGUUGUCGCAAAUGACGGGAUUGGAUAGAAUAACCAGGCAAUGGAACGUGAA